AUAUUGGAAUCUCAAGUCUGUUAGGACUCUGAAGGUACUGGGUGGCUGUCUUACUGGAAGUCUUUAAAAUAUCCUCUAUUUAUACCAGAGGGAUUUGAGCUAGAAAUUCCACCUGAGACCCUGCCUGUACUGGACGGCAAGUUGUCUCUGACUUUUGUGGGAAAAUGAGUCCAACCGAUGCUAAACGAGGAGCUAAACGCAGGAAGAACAAGCGGGGCGGUGGCAGCAGUAGCUGCAGUAGUACUGUCUGCAGUACCAGUGGCAAGGCCGGGGUUUCAGCCACGGCCCUGUGUCCUCAAGCCACGGAAACACCCGUGUCUGCCAUGGGCUUUUUGACAUCAGGGAGCUCUGGAAAUGGGAACAUGGCCUCUAUCACAGGCCUGAACGGAGAGGUCCCUAUGAACGGUAACGUUACGCCACAGUUUUCGGAGGGGCCGGUGAAUUCUGACUUCUCUGGAGUCCUUCAGACCCCGUUCACAUUUGGCCUGAGCCAGAGGGCCCCAUACUCCACCACAGGCGACCGCUGCCUCCUGUGCCGGAGUGAGCGCAAGCCUGACAGCACACUCCAUCCUGACACGGGGCUCCCCGGGGCGGGGCAGAACGGUAUGGCGCAGUCCCCCAAGUCCCCCAGCGCUCUGCAGCUGCCCCUGUGGGUGUGCCCCGACUGCCGGCGCACGGUGGAGAAGGAGGACCGCCACGCCGCCCUGGAGCAGUCGCUGGUGAGCCAAGACUUCCUGUUGCACAUGCCUGUGGGUAACGGAGGCUUGGGCCAGGAGCUGCCAGCCGCGGGGGGCAGACUGACCAAUGGUGGCACGCCCCCAACCCUCCCAACUCUUCCCGCCCCGGACCUCACCAUCCCUAUGACUGCUGACACAGUGUGCAGUUGUGAGGCCUGCAACGAGAGACGGGAGAUUUCGGCCGAGUCCGAGCGCGAGUCCCAGCAGCUGCAGAACCACUGGUCGGAGGUACGCUACCUAGUGCGGUGCAUCUACCGCCAGACAGGCACGCCGCUGUCCGACGACCACGACCAGCCCCUGGACCGCGACAAGGAGGGCAUGAAGGAGUUGGUGGACAGGCUGUGCGAGAAGGACCCGUACCAGCUCUACCAGAGGCUGGAGCAGCAGGCCCGCGAGUACGUCCUAGAAAUGAAGGUGCGCCUGCUCAAGCACCUGUCGACCAGCUCCAAGGCUGCAGCGGCCGCCGCUCAGGGCCCCCCGCAGGCCCACCAGUUCAUCUCGCUGCUCCUGGAGGAGUACAGCGCCCUCUGCCAGGCUGCGCGCACCAUCAGCAGCUUCCUCCUUACCCUGGAGAACGAACACCUGCAGAAGUUCCAGGUGACGUGGGAGCUGCACAACAAGCACCUUUUUGAGAACCUGGUGUUCUCCGAGCCCAUCCUGCACAGCAGUUUACCAGCACUGGUUGCACAGCUGAGGCACGGCAUGGCCUCCCACGACUUGUACAGCGAGGACAUGUACAGGACCCUGCUGGAGAGCUACCAGCAGCUGGAGCAGGAGAUGGCCGCCGUGGCGGCCAAGUGGCAGGAGUGUGAGAAGAGGAUUGACGACUACGUCGACGAACAGCUGCUUUUUAAGGUAGAGGGCCAGAAUCUCACAAAUCAACGGACAGAACCACAUAAGUCUUUAAUUAGCAAAAAUACUUUGAAAACAAAACAACGGAUGCUGAAGGAAGACUGGGAAUUCUUUAAGCAGAGGAGGUUUAUAGAAGAACAGUUAACCAACAGUAAGAAAUCUUUAGCUGGUGACAGUAACUUUACAGACACGAUGAGAAUGCUCUCCUCUCGUCUCAGCAUUCCAGACUGUCCAAAUUGCAAUUAUCGAAGACGAUGCACCUGCGACGACUGCAGCCUCUCCCACAUCCUGACGUGCGGCAUCAUGGACUCGCCCAUUGCCGAGGACCUCCACAUCAAGCUGCCGCUUCAGGUCACGGAGCCCCCACAGCACCGGGACUACCUGGCCGAGGUGCACCCCCCCAGUCUCUCCUCCGGGGGCAGCUCAGCGUCCGCUUCGGCCUCCAGCUCCCCCAUCACCAUACAGCAGCACCCGCGCCUCAUCCUGCCAGAAGGGGUCGUCACCACCUUUGGUAGCGACGAUGACGAAGUGCCUCCUCUGUUGGGCAAGUUUGCGGACAUCUACCCCAUGGGCGGCUACGAGGACCCGGGGGUGGUGGCCGGCAUGAACGGCCUGCACAGCGAGCUCAACGGAGGCGGGGAGAACAUGGCGCUCAAAGAUGAGUCUCCUGGAGGGAGCAGCAGCAGCAGUAGUUCGUCGGUGGGCGAUGAGGAGGAGGCUGACGGGGAGAACGGCGGGGAGCCUCCGGGGCAGCGGGGGGAGCUCUCCCCAGGGAAGAGAAACAGCCCUCCGCCCUACUACCCCCAGCAACAGGUGCAACAGCAUGCCUGCGAGUGCCAUGUGUGCAACCAGGACCUGUCCUCCCUCGCCCCCCUGGGCCCAGCUCCCCCCCCCUCCCCCAGUCGGCUCCACGCGCCCCCCUCCGGCCACCAACAGUUCUUCACCGGGGGCGGCGACAAGACCCCCAGCCACCCAGCCCUCCACCUCUACCCCCACAUCCACGGCCACCUGCCUCUGCACAACCUCUCCCACCUGCCCCGGCCUCUACUGCACCCCACACUCUACCCCAGCCCCACCCUUUCACACAGCAAUCCUCUCCCCCCUGCCCCCAUGUCGAGCCACACUGGGCCCAAACAGCAGGCCUUCAGCCCCUCCCUACCGGACCACGUCUACCAGAACUGCUUUGGCGGCGGCGCUGGCGACUGGAACAGCUCGCUGCAGUGCCUCUCGCUCAAGUUCGAGAAUAUCUGCGACGCUGCCAUGAUGAAGAACUGGAACCCAUCGGUGCUGCUGCAGGAGCCCCUGCCAGGGGACAUGCUGGGACCACCCCUCCACCCCGACGUGCCCCUCCCCCCCUACCCCCCUUCAUCUCCUUCCCCCUCGCCAUCCGAGCAGCAACAGCCCCUGCCCAGGGAGAGGAAGAACGGCGCCAAGAAGAAGUGUCUCUACAAUUUCCAAGAUGCCUUCCUGGAGGCCAACAAAGUGGUGAUGGCCACCUCUGCCUCCACUGCCUCAGUCUCCUGCACAGCAACCACUGUCCAGUCAAGUGACGUAUUUCACAAUAUAGGUAAAGAGGACCAUAGGCAACAACCCACCCCCAUCGCCCCUAGGAACAGUCCCACGGGCCUGGCCUCCCUCCCUUCGCUCUCAUCUGGCCCAGCCCUGCCACCUGCCCCUGGCCCCACCACCCAGCACCACUACCCCAGCAUGGGCUCGCAGCCCCUUCCCAACGACUGCCACCCCGGCUCCAGGCUUCAUGGAGGCCCACCAUCAGGGCAUGUGCCUGUCACCCGCCGAGCCGCCCAGUGCCGCCCCAGCCGACGGGACCAUCAGCGCCCCCACCCAGCGUGUGCAGGGCUACGACGGCGAGGGGAGAGCCAGGACGAGGACAGCUGCUCAGAGCACAGCUCCUCCACCUCCACCUCCACCAACCAGAAGGAAGGGAAGUAUUGCGACUGCUGCUACUGCGAGUUCUUGGCCACGACGGGGCCCCCGGCGGCGCCCACCAGCCGCAACCACGCGGAAAUGCGUGAGAGCUGCGCACGGCUGACCAAGCGGAAGGAGGAGCAGCCCAAGAGGGAGGAGCAGCCGGCAGUGGUGGAGCGCGACAGCGGCCCUGACGGCGUGGAGGACCACCGGCGGGUGGAGGACUUGCUGCAGUUCAUCAACAGCGCCAGCGACAACAAGCCCGCAUCCAGCUCCAAGGCCGCCAAGCGGGCCCGCCACAAACAGAAGAAGAUGGAGGAGAAGGUGCGUCUGGAGGCGGAGGCCCGCGAGCGGGAGGAGCAGCAGGAGCAGCGGCUCCUGGAGGAGCAGCGGCGGCGGGAGGAGGAGGAGGCCCUCCAACGGGAACUCCUCCGGCUGCAAGAGCUGCAACACCUCCGCGUCGCCAAGAAGAAAAAGAAGGAGAAAGCCAAGGAGCUCGCCACCCCCCUCCCCGCCCCCGUACCUCAGAACAACCCCCAGCCCCUCAAACAGACGGCCCAGAACGUCCUGGAGAACCUCCGCAACGGCAAGAGCCAGCUCCUGCACAGCCUCAUGCGCCUCUGGCCACAAGGAUCCCCGACUGGGCACCGAUCCCAGCCCCGGCCCCAGCCUCCCCCCUCACAGCACAGCCCAAAGAGCAGCAGGGAGAAAGCCCCUACUCCGGCCCCUUUCCUUCACAACGGCACAUCCGCCGCACCACAACCGACUGAGGCCAAGCCUAAACAGCAGCAGCCAAUCAGGCAAGCCGCCAGCGAGACAACGAAUGUCAAGAAAGCCCCAGAAGCGCCCAAGAUGGUGACCACCACCAACUGUACACCACAACUACCACCAGAUGCCAAAGUGACCCGACCCAGGCUUCCCCGCAGAAGACUCGGUCGCCCCUCGGCACCGGGACCCAGGAAGGAGGAGAGGAGCAACGGGAAAAGGCAGCACCAUCAGCAGUCGGCGAGCCAGGUGAAAGAGGAGAGGAGCCAGCCCUUGUUGGAGCCCUCCCCCCGUGCCUCGCAGACGGAGCAGCCCCCAGCAGAACAGCAAACCCCUCAGCGCAGAGUCCCCCAGCCCAAGGCCAAGGCCAAGAAGAACAAGAAGAAGAAGGCCGACAAGACAAACAACUCAAUAGAUGACGUUUUCCUGCCCAAAGACAUUGAUCUGGACAGUACUGACAUGGACGAGACUGAGAGGGAGGUGGAGUAUUUCAAAAGGUUCUGCUUGGAUUCCGCCAGGCAGACCCGACAACGGCUGUCCAUCAACUGGUCCAACUUUAGCUUGAAGAAAGCAACGUUCGCCGCCCACUGAUGCGACCACGCGUAGGGCAAAGAAAAAUAGACUUUGGCAGGAAGCAAUCAGCACCCACUUACCCCUCCAUGCAAACACCCCCUAGUCAUGCUGUGCCCAAAUCGCGCCCACCCACGCUGCCUUCGCCUUGUUCCUUGUUGCUGUGCGGUUCUACCAUGAACCCAUCCUCCGGUCUGAUCCCCAAACAGAACUCUGAGAGAGGAAAAAAAGUAAUUAAUUAAAUGACACACACAAAAGAAGAAUCACAAAAUGCUACUUUCUACCUGAUUUUGUUUUUAUCGCUCGUUUGUGUGCUUUUAGUCUGUGAGUGGGGCAUUUCUCUUGACUUAAAAAGCCAUGUUCUGACAUUCAUUUUCUCUCUUUUUUGGCUGACUCGUAGUCAAAAGACGCUUACUAUGUAUGCCUUCCGAAAACAGACAUACAUGGAAAAAAUUCUGAGAAGAAAAAUAGAUAUAUGAUGAAUUUAAACCUUUUAAUUCAGUCACUGUGGCUUACUAUCCCCUUGUUACCCACAAUUCCUAGCACGGCAUAUCAUUCAGAUAACUGACAAGGGAAUGGGCAUGGUCUGCCGCACU